GCGGCGCCCCUGCCACAAAGCUUCGCCCGGGACGGGCUGGAUUAUGUGCUGGGAGCGCUGAAGUCCGAGGCCGCUUUCUCGGGCCUCUACGAGAGCGGCGAGGAGGACGAAGAGGGGGAAGGGAGCGGGGCGGAGGAAGGACGCCUGCGCCCGGCGGAGGAGGGCCAGGACGAGGCGGGAAGCUCAGGGGACUCCAGCCCCGAGGAAGGAGAAGGUGAAAGUGAAGACGGAGAAGGGGAGUCCCCUGUCUGGGGAAGCCCGGAGGCGGCAGCCGAGGAACCCGCAGCUCCCAGGGAGUCAGAGGGGAAUCCUAGCCAAGAUGCUGCAAAGUGUGUUCCUCCUCAAAUGCGAAUUCCUGAAGAGCCAAUAGAUGCCAAAAAGAGAGAAGAAUUAGAAAGGCUAAAGAAAACAGUGAAAGGUCUAAUUAAUAGGUUGAGCGAACCAAAUCUAGCUUCUAUAAGUGGGCAGUUGGAAGAACUGUAUAUGACAAACAGUAGAAAAGAUAUGAAUGAAACAUUAACAAAUAUUCUUAUCUGUGCUUGUGUUAUGGAAUCAGCAGUACCUUCCAGACUGCUGUCGGAGCAUGUUCUUUUGGUUAGUGUUCUUCAUCAGACUGUGGGAAUCGAGGUUGGUGCUCACUUUUUGGAAACCGUGGUGAGGAAAUUUGAUGAUGUCUACAAAAGUGAAGCCGAAGGAAAAGAAUGCGAGAACCUGCUUAUCUUAAUUGCUAAUUUGUACAACUUUUAUGUAGUGCAUUCACUGCUGAUUUUUGACAUCUUAAAGAAGUUUGUUAGCACUUUUUCCGGAAAGGAUAUUGAACUAAUUCUGCUGCUGCUGAAGAAUGUGGGCUUUUCCUUGAGGAAAGAUGAUGCUCUAGCACUGAAAGAACUUAUCACUGAGGCCCAGAAAAAAGCGAAUGCAGUAGGGAAACAAUUCCAGGACCAGUCAAGGGUUCGCUUUAUGUUGGAGAUUAUGUUGGCGCUAAAAAAUAAUGACAUGAGGAAAAUUCCUGGUUAUGAUCCAGAGCCAGUUGAAAAAUUACGAAAGCUGCUGAGAACACUGACUCACAAUAAUAGUUCCGGAAAAGAAUCUCAACUUCGUGUGUCGUUGGAGUCUCUCCUCACAGCUGAUCAGGUUGGUCGCUGGUGGAUUGUUGGAUCCUCUUGGACUGGUGCCCCAAUGGUUGACAGCACCAGCAACAAAAUUGAUCAAAUACUACCUGUGGGAAAGGUAAGCUCAAAGAUUCUGAAACUUGCUCAUAAGCAGAGGAUGAAUACUGAUAUCAGGAGAAAUAUAUUUUGUAUUUUGAUGACAAGUGAAGAUUUUUUGGAUGCUUUUGAAAAUCUUUUAAAGCUUAAGCUUAAAGAUCAGCAGGAGAGAGAGAUUGUCCAUAUCCUCAUAGAUUGUUGCCUGCAAGAGAAGACUUACAAUCCCUUCUACGCGUAUUUAUCUGCCAAGUUCUGUGAAUAUGAAAGGCGAUUUCAGAUGACAUUCCAGUUCAGUAUGUGGGACAAAAUCAGAGAUCUGGGAAAUUUGUCUGCUGCUGCUUUCUCCAACUUAGUUAAUCUCUUGACUCACCUGCUAAAGACUAAAUCGCUCUCUCUUACUGUCUUCAAGGUGAUUGAAUUCAGUGAAUUAGAUAAGCCGAAAGUUCACUUCCUACGGCAGGUGUUAUCUGCGUUAUUCCUAAAAACAGAACAAGAAGAGCUCAACCAUAUCUUUGGAAAGUUGGCUGACAACCCCAAGUUGGGGAUGCUACAUGAAGGCUUGAAGCUUUUCCUUACCCAUUUCUUGAUGAAAAAUAUUCAAGCUCACACACGUGUUGAAGAAGGUGCUUUACUAAAAGAGAAAAUUGAACUAGUAACUAAAGCACUGAAAGCAAAAGAGUCAAAACUGAAAUUAUAAUAUCAAGUAUAUUUUAUCGAGUCUCCCUUACAAAAAACAGAGAAAAUAUUUGUGGACUGUGGUGGUAUAUGAUAUACAGAUGUCAUUGUUCUUCACAAAAAUGUGGAGCUAGUUAAGGUUUGAUAUUCAAACUAUUGUACCCAGUUUAGAAAUAUAUGCAUAUAUAAAUGCUGAGAUUUUUGAUGUUUUACAUAUUUUAAUAGUAUAUUAUUAAAACACAAGACAAAAUCACAAAUGAACUUUUGGGGGAUUUUUGAAAAAAUAAAAUUAUAUUUCCAAGGUACCUUGACAUUUUCUUACUGAACCUCUUAUAAAACCAGACAUGGAGCAGUGAAUGGGAUUGCUACAUAAUAGUAAACAUGGCCAAAUUACCAGUAAUUCCAUAUUUCUCAUCCCAUUCUAUUCUCUUUGUAAAUUUUUAUCUUGCGCAUUUAGUCGUUUGGCUAAUACUUUGAUACGCAAUUUUUUCCCAGUGAAAUUUUCUCUGACAGAUAACUCACUAUUAAUGCAGCUGCUAUGCUAUCUUAAAGUGGUGAUUUGUCAUGCAGAAACCUGAGUUCUUCACUGGUUUUUUUUUUUUUAAAUUACCAUUCUAAGUGAUCAGAUGUAUCUUGUACUUAGAGUAAAUGAGAAUAUCAUACUUCAGUAAAACUAAAACAUAAUUUUUUAAUUACUGAUUCGUCUUACUGGUAUAAUUUAUUUAGUUUUCUAAUUCUCCUCUCCCAAGUUCACUUCAUUCUUCAUCGCAUAGUCUUCUCAUUUUACAAUUCUUUUCCUUCUCUCAUCUUUUGAGCAUUCUUAGUCUCAUACAUCAACUUUUUAUCAAAAAUAUUUGAUUGCUUCUGGCAUUACAUUUGCUCACUAAUUUUCCUAAAUCACGCUACAAAGAAAAUUUUAUUUGGAAGCAAUUUAGAAAAUUAAUGGCUUCCUGCCUCAUCGGUAUCUAAAUUUAGCCUGGGUCAUUAAAUCAAACAGAUCAUUAUCAAAAAUAGCACGUGAAUUGUUAAGCAUCGUAGAAUGGUGGCAAAUGCCACUUGAGUUUUGGUCUUCUAUUCAAAACAAACCUUAUUGCUGGAAUGGUGAGAGGAUAAAGGAAAGUUAUGCCACAUACUGUAAUGGGGGAAACAUUUGACAAAUAUUUAUCCAGCCUGGUAAACAUAGCAAACUUAGUGGGGUGGGGGUUAGGCCUCUGCGCAAGCCUGAAAAACAGUGCUGUUGUUUUAAGGAGUCACCUGUAUUAAGAUUACAAAAUGCUAAUAUUGUGAAGUAUAAAUGGAGCGUAUACAAUAUUUCUAUAUAAUAGAAUUUUUCAAACUCUGUCCCAAAGAAUUCUUGGGUUCCAUGAGAACAAAGGGCAA